AUGUUUCAACUCUACAGGGAGAGCAACAUCGGGAAGGCUUUCCAGGACACGAUAGAAGAGAAAAUCAACUCGCAGAUAAUUACUCCGCAGCAGGGAAAUGCUUUGCUGGAGAAGUUUGACACUGCGGUAGAGCAGGUUUUCAAUAGAAGCGUCCACAAUAAAAUGAGCUUCAAAGCGUCAAUAAUAAGCUACAAGAACUUUGCAGAUGUUUGGACUUUUGUUGUUAAAAAUUUUGUUAUGACAAUCAACGACGAGCUGGUGCGGGCGGAUAGAGUGAAAAUUGUAGCAUGCGAUGCAAAUAUAAACAGUGAAAGAACGACGCGCGGAAAAGCACCGGACAAGAAGAAAACAUUUUAG